AUGGAAUUCCGUGUCGGAUAUAACUAUCGGUUGGGUAGAAAAAUUGGUGGCGGCGCAUUUGGUGAAAUAUAUUUAGGAACUGACAUCAAUACUGGAAAUGAAGUUGCAAUAAAGCUAGAAUCCCUUUCAAACAGAAACCCGCAAUUACACUACGAAUACAGGUAUUAUCAGCUUUUGAAAGGAGGCAUUGGAAUUCCAUCGGCUUUAUAUUAUAGCAAGGAAGGAAGCUAUAAUAUUAUGGUAAUUGAUCUGCUGGGACCGAGUUUGGAAGAUCUCUUCAAUUACUGCAAUAGGAAGUUCUCUUUAAAGACUGUUUGCAUGUUAGCGAGGGAAAUGAUACUGAGACUGCAGUAUGUGCACAGUAAGAACUUGCUUCAUCGAGACAUCAAGCCUGAUAACUUCACAGUUGGUUUAAACAAAGAUGCAAACGUUAUUUUUCUUAUUGACUAUGGCUUGUGUAAGCCGUACCGCAACUUUUUAACUUUGGAACACAUUCCGUAUCGUGAAAACAAGAGUUUAACCGGAACUCCUCGAUACGCUUCGUUGGGAAAUCAUUUCGGCAUGGAGCAAAGCCGUCGGGAUGAUCUGGAGUCUUUGGGUUAUGUUCUUUUAUACUUUUUGAAAGGAAAAUUACCGUGGCAAGGACUUCGCGCAGAGACAAAAGAAGAAAAAUACUCACAGAUCCGAGAUCACAAACUGGAAUACGGCUUUGAGCAGCUCUGUCAAGGAUUUCCGGAAGAGUUUUUGGACUAUUUCGACUACUGCCAUUCGCUUGGAUUCAGUGAAACUCCCAAUUACACGUAUCUACGAAAUCUUUUUUCGGAGAUACUUCAAGACCGAGUAUGGAGUCAAAACCCCGAUCAAUCCUAG